AUGAGCAGCUUCGCCAUUGAAGUCGCAGGCGAUGCGAACCCGCUAUCCUUACAAUCACUAUAUCAGACACUACAAUCUGCCACUUCAACCGACUAUGCGCAACGUCAGACAGCAGGCCAACAAUUAACAUCAUGGGAGCUCCAGCCGGGUUAUUACUCCUCGUUGCAGGCGGUUUAUCUCGACAAAUCACUUGCUUACGAAGUCCGGUUCCUUGCGAUUAUCCAACUCAAGAACGGCAUCGAUCGAUAUUGGCGGUUAUUUAACCAGGUAAAGAACAGCAUAAAGCCGGACGAAAAGAGCUUGAUACGCUCGCGACUAUUCCAGGGUUCCAUAGAAGAGGAGCACUCGAACCUUGCUCUACACAAUGCGUUAGUGGUGGCGAAGAUCGUUAGGAUCGACUAUCCUGGAGAAUGGCCGGAUGCAAUGGGGAACAUUAUCGAAAUCCUUCGUUCGAGUCAAAACGGGAACCAAAGACACUUGCACGGCAUUCUCGAGAUCCUACUUCGGGUUGUAAAGGAGUUGGGAACAGCACGAAUGAGGAAGAACCAGACCGCCUUACAAUCCGUCACCCCUGAGAUCGUCCACGUCCUGGCGGAGGUUUACUCAGAAAAAUCCCAGGCAUGGAUGGGCUUUCUCACCGGCGGCCCGGGAGGUGAGGAAGAAGUUAAGCUGGCCAUGUUCAACAGCUUGCUUGCCCUUAGGGUACUGCGCCGACUCGUCAUCAUGGGUUACGAGCGGCCCCAUAGCGAUAAUACUGUCGAGCAGUUCUGGACUCUGUCACAAACCCAGUUCGGGCAGCUUCUUGGCUUUGUCAGUCAUGAUUCCACGAUCCCCACGAAUUAUCAAGAUAUUGUUGGCAAGCAUUUGCUCCAGUUUACUAAGCUUCACAUUGAUAUGGCAGAGCAGCAUGCUGCCAGCUUUGUGUUCCUCCCCAACUCUCUUCCACUGGUACAAUCAUAUUGGGAACUCGUUGCAAAGUUUGCAGAGGUUUUUGAUAAGUCUGGCGGUAUCCGACAAGGUCAAUCAGAAGCUGGAUCUGCAAAGUCCAAGGUUGAGGGCCCUGUGCUAGAGCGGUUGGCUCUCAAAGGUCUUUUACUUCUCAGAUCAUGCGUGCGAAUAGCCUUCCAAUCUGUCCAAACAUUCAGGUGGAGAAGCCCGGAAACCAAGGCCGAGCAGGAGAGAGCGAAAACGCUUGUCAAGUCGGAGCUUCUGAAACCUGAUCUUGUCAUACAGAUCGUCAACUCCAUCAUUACUCAUCUUUUUGUCUUCCGCAAAUCGGACCUUGAAGGCUGGGAGGAGGACCCAGAGGAAUGGGAACAACAAGAACAGAGCGAAGGCAAUGCUUAUGAGUGGGAAGUACGGCCAUGCGCUGAAAAGUUGUUCCUUGAUCUUCUCACAAACUACAAAGACUUGCUCGUCCCGCCACUACUGUCAUACUUCCAGACAGCACAAGAUCCCCAGGCUGACAUUGCUACUAAAGAGGCCGUAUAUACCGCAAUGGGUCUUGCGGCUGCUCAUGUUCAUCAUGUUUUUGACUUUGAUGCCGUACUGGCUUCGACGAUUGUCAAUGACGCUCGGUUGCAGGGUGGCCUUUGCAAGGUAUUGCGAAGGCGAAUCGCUAUCCUCGUGAGUCAAUGGGCGCCUGUCAAGCUACAUGACUCUAGUCGGCCGAUUGUCUACCAAAUUUACCGUCACUUCCUCAACCCUGAUGACGAGACCAAUGAUGUAGUGGUCAGAAUUACUGCGGCUCGACAACUGCGUUGGAUUGCCGAUGAGCUUGACUUUAACGUGGACGCGUUCCUACCGUACACAUCAGAUGUUCUAUCGCAGCUCAUCAACCUCGUCCAGAAUGUUGACGUUGACGAAACAAAGCUAGCAAUUCUUGAGUCGAUUCGCAUUCUGGUAACACGCAUGGAAGAUCAAGUGUCACAGUUUGGAGACCAGCUCAUGUCUGCUCUUCCGACGGUCUGGGAGAAUUCAGGGGCCGAAGAAUACAUGAUCAAACAGGCAGUAACCUCUAUCUUUGCAGCCCUCGUGAUGAGCAUGGGUCCUGAUUCUCAGAGAUACCAACACUUUAUGGUACCGUUGCUCUCUGAGGCAGCCCGUCGAGGAUCAGACCUGCAUCUCCACCUGAUUGACGAAUCUUUGGAACUCUGGAACAACAUUCUGAUGCAGAGUCACGCUCCAUUGGCACCUGAAUUGGUAACCCUUGCCGAUCUUGCACUUCCUCUUCUAGAAUAUGAUAGUGAAACAGCUUCGUUGGCUUUGCAGGCAGUUGAGUCUUAUAUCCUCCUUGCCCCAGCAUCUAUGUUGGAAGAUCAGCUGCGUCGCCCGACGCUGGGUGCCCUGGCCAAUAUUCUAGACUCGAAGAGUCGUGAGCAGGUUCGUCUGGGGACAACCUGCAUCGAGAACCUCAUUCGAGCUGCAGUCGAACUCGGUGGUUCAACUGGAGUAUCAGUUAUUCUGCAGGACAUGGUCGAAAUUGGCUUUAUGAACAAGAUACUUGGGAAUCUCCAUGAUGCGUGGGAAUCACAUCAGACUACGGGCCCCAAUCGAAAGGUCAGCAAGCUUAGCACGAUCACCGAGACGGAUUAUUUCGCAAUCCUAGCACGUCUUGCGCUUGCCGAACCCACUUUGUUUACCCAAAUGUUGACCAACAUGGGUUCUCUCGACCAAGUCUGGUCUUGGCUAGCAUCUGAGUGGUUUUCACACAUGUCCGACAUUGACCAUAUUGAACGACAGAAGCUUUAUCUCUUAGGUUUAACAAGACUUCUAGAAUUGCCUUCACCGAUGCAAGAACUGGUGCUAGGCAAGCUUCAGGACUAUCUCGACAUGUGGAUAAAUGUGAUUUAUGAGCUCCAAGACGGUGUGGCGAACGGCACAGACACUCUUAUUUGGGGUCCGUUGGAGCCCACCGAAUAUGACACCCCCAAGAUUAUCGCAGAAUCCCAAAUGUCGGCAAAAGACCCCAUUCAUACUGUUCAUGCGUUCGACUUUGUCAAACUACGUCUUCAGGAUCUGGUAAGCAGAGUUGGGGGUGAACAGGCUUUCCAGGAGCAGUGGGCAGUCAAUGUCGACAAAGAUCUUUUGGAAAAGUUUCAACUCAUGGCAUCCGAGGUGCAGCGACAAGAAUAG